UUAUGGUUUGAAAUAUAAGCUUCCCUCUUCACCAACUAUGACAGAGGAAAUAACUUACGCAGAUCUGGAAUUUAAUGAAUCUUAUGCACUGGAAAAUAUCCCAAAGCCUGCUGCUCCUGAGGAAAAAGGGCUCUUCACCUCAUCCUCAUGGCGUCUGGCUGCCCUGACUUUGCUCACAUUGUGUCUGGCAUUAAUGGUAGGACUGCUAGCCCUGGGGGUUGUGUUUUUCCAGGUUACCAACAUCUGCCAGGAAGAGAAUGUAAAACUCAAAGAGAAGGAGAAAGCUCUGCAAACAAAUUUCUCAAGCAGGCUGCAAGAAAUAAGAGAGAGUUUGUGUUUGGAAGCGGAAGUGAAGAAUAAAAAUAAAGAAAUGAGUUGUACACUCUGCCCCUCAAACUGGCAACGAAUGGGAGAUGACACCUGUUACUAUAUUUCUUCAGGGAAGAAGACAUGGGAGGAGAGUCGGAACUUCUGUGCCUCACAAAAUUCCACCCUUCUUAUGAUAAAAGACAAGCAGAAGCUGGAAACUGUCAGUCGAUAUUUUAUUAAAGAAUGUUACUGGAUUGGAUUAUCACAAAGUAAAACUGAAAGGGAUGGCUGGUUUUGGGAGGACACCACAGCUCUUUCUACAUCAGAAAAGGGAAUCUUUGUUUACAAUGCCAAGAAUCCCUGUGCAUAUCUGUUGGAGUCAUAUAUUUAUGCCAAUCAGCACUGUAAUCAGAACAAUUUCUGGAUCUGUGAGAAGGCACCCAUCCAUCUUAAUCAGUAGCAGUUUAUCAGUUUAUUAUGGUUUAUCAGUAUGAAAUGUUUAUUUAUUAGCAGUGGGAAGAAGCUCUGUGGGCUCUGUUUUGAGUUGUGAGAUUUUGGGUUCUGCCCAUGUUUAGAGGUGUUUAGAGUCAUAAUCAGCAUUGUCAUUUUCAUUGUUUUAGGAUGCCUUUACAAAAGUCAUAUGCAAAUGUUAUACCCAUAGUGAAGACCAUAUGA